UAUGUAGGUUCAAAAUUUCGGGGUCACGAACAUCAAAGGUUCCGACAGAAGUUUCGUCACUGUAAGAAUGCUCUGUGAUUUUAACAUGUAUGCACAAGUUAAGUUCUUCAAUACAACUAUCUCCAAUGACAAUCGUUUUCGUGGAUAAUGUUCGAUUACCAGGAACGACAUGUUUCGAUCAGGUUAGAAAAUGAUUAUAAUUUCGAACAAGUUAUGUGUAUGUCAAAUUUCGGACGGAUGUAAGAAACUAAAGCGUACACGCGAUUUCGCGUUCUAUCAUUAAUAAAAGUUGACAGAACAAAAUAUUAAAAUCCAAAUGCCUCUCAUAUCGAGAAAUUGUCCUCACAUCGCCAAUCGCGGUGAUCUCGCAUUUAUCGAGACCAUUGUGUCUCAAAAGGAUGGAUUUGUAAAAUGUAGUGAAUGUAACACGGAUGGGCCUAAUUUAUGGUUAUGCUUGUUUCCUGACUGCCGUUGGGUCGGCUGUGCUGAAACGCACUUAGACCACAGUACUGUACACAACCAAAAAUUUCCUACUCACUGUGCUCAUAUGAAUCUUUCUACAAGCCGUAUAUGGUGUUAUGCUUGCAAACAGGAAGUUAUAACUACGCCGUGCGUAUGCUUCCCUGCACAGUUGGAUAUUAAAACGCAGAGCAAUAAGUUUUCUGGCGAUGGUCCUGGUAAUGUGGAUUGUAAAUCUGAAGAUCUUAAUAGACUCAUAUUGGACAAAUUUUAUGGUGAACUUAUGAACAGAGUUAGUUAUGAAAAGGAUGGUAUGUUUCAUGAAAAAUCUGGUGACUCUCCUGAUAGUACCGACUCAGAUGAAAGUAAAGAUUUCUCUGGAAAGCCAAGGGGGCUUGUUGGCCUUCAGAAUAUUGGAAAUACAUGCUAUAUGAAUGCUGCAUUACAAGCUUUAUCAAAUGUGUCUCCUUUGACACAAUUUUUUCUGGAUUGUGGUCACAUGGUUAGCUAUAUGUCCAAAGAUAGAAAACCUGGUUUAAGUUUAAGCUAUCUGAACCUUAUUCGUGACAUGUGGAAUAGGAAAACAAGAGGGUAUGUUGUACCACAUGGAAUAUUGUCUGGUAUUCGUACAGUUCAUCCAAUGUUUCGAGGAUAUCAUCAGCAUGAUACUCAAGAAUUUUUGAGGUGUUUUAUGGAUCAGUUACAUGAAGAGUUAAAAGAACAAAUUGAAGAUGAUCGUGAUAAUAUAUUAAGAUUAAAGGGGCUUGGAGAACAGUCAUCGGAUGAAGAUGAAACUGAAAUUGAUGGAACUGGUUCUAGCCAGUCCGAUGCUGAAUAUGAAACAUGUGAUUCUGGAGUAAGUGAACAGAGUUCGCUUAGCGACGAAGGUGAACGUGGUACAAAAAGAAGGUAUUCUCGAGUGUCUCAGUCAGAAAAAUUGAGAAGUAAAUUUACAAACAGAAGUAUCAAAAAAUCGACAGUAGAUCAGCCUUUUGCUCCACCUCAGAGAUCAACACAAAACUCGCCUGUUAAAUACAGGACGAAAAAGCAAAUGAAAACUCGAAGUAUCAUUAGCGAUAUAUUCGAUGGAAAACUAUUAAGUAGUGUACAAUGUUUAACAUGUGAUAGGAUUUCAAGAAGAGUAGAAACGUUCCAAGAUUUAUCAUUACCCAUUCCAAGUCGAGAUCAUAUUGAUAUGUUGCAUCAAGGGUCUCUCACUCCACAAAAGGCAGGGCCAUGCUCAGAUGUUGUUUAUGUGACCAAUCAAUCUGGUUGGUUGUCUUGGUUUUUGCAAUGGAUGCGUUCUUGGUUCUGGGGUCCAGUUGUCAGUCUCCAUGAUUGUCUCUCUGCAUUUUUUAGUGCAGACGAACUUAAAGGUGAUAACAUGUACAGUUGUGAAAAAUGUAACAAGCUACGUAAUGGAAUUAAAUUCUCCAAAGUCCUAGAACUGCCUGAAAUAUUAUGUGUCCAUUUAAAGAGAUUUCGUCAUGAAUUAAUGUUUAGUUCGAAAAUAGCAAAUUACGUUUCAUUUCCAUUGGAAGGAUUAGAUAUGCGACCAUACUUACACAAAGAAUGUGUGUCUAAAGUAACUAUGUACGAAUUAAUAUCAGUUAUCUGCCAUCAUGGAACUGCUGGUGGUGGUCAUUACACAUGCUACGCGUUAAAUCCUAUUGUUAAUAAAUGGUUCGAGUUUGAUGACCAAUGCGUUACUGAAGUCUCACCCGAAACUGUGAAGCAUUGCGAGGCUUAUGUGUUAUUUUAUAAAAAAUGGUCACCAGAGAUGUUGCAAUUACGCGACAGAACCUUGGAAUUGAUGGAAAUUUCGUCUCGAGAGUUAUCCGAUUUAAGUUUCUUUGUAUCUCGACAAUGGAUAAAUCGUUUUAAUACAUUUUCGGAACCAGGACCUAUUGAUAACUCCGACUUUCUUUGUCCGCACGGUGGAGUUAAUCCUGUUAGAGCACAAUUUGUAGAUAAGCUCAGUAUGCCCAUUCCACAAGCAGUUUGGGAAUAUUUAUACAAAACAUUUGGAGGUGGUCCCGCAUGUACGCAUUUAUAUGAAUGUCCAAUCUGUGAGGAAAAAUAUGAAUCAUUACAAAAACGGAGAAUUUAUGAAAUGGAAGUAUUUCAACGACUAACACACAAUACUGACAAUCCAACUGCUAUUUAUGGACUAGCUAUGGCAUGGUUAAGGCAAUGGCAAAGUUUUGUACGGGGUAAAGAAACACAGCCACCCGGUCCUAUUGAUAAUAAUUCUAUUAUAAUAAACAAAAAUGGUCAAAAUGUUCUUAAAGUGGGUUCAGAUUAUGGACAAAUAUCGGAAGAACUUUGGCAAUUCUUUUUGUCAACAUACGAUGGAGGACCUGAAUUAAUGUUGCAUGCAUGUCAAAGACCUGUCUCUGCUCAAUCUACUGUUUCGUCACAUUCCACUUCAAAUUCAAAUUUAGAUCAGAAUUUUAAAACCAGUCGUACGGAGGCUAAGACCAAUAAACUGUGCAUGACUAGGAGUUCUGAAACAAUAUCACAGCAAGACAGUGCUAUUGAAAGUUUAACUUCAGAUAGUGAUUCUCAUCAAACACAAAGGGAUGUUAGUGAGUAAAGUCAUUGCUUUGACGUCCCCUAAGCUGUGUACACAAAUUAACAUUUCUACAUGAACGGUAAAGUUACAGUUACAUUAAAAAGAAAUUGUUAACUGUCAUGUUUUAGCUGUGUUACAGAUUGUCACUAACUUUGUAAAGCUGAUAUAUCUCCUUCGAUAAAAUCACUUGCACUGUACUGCUACUGUACAAUGAGUAGAGUAUUUGUACAAUGUUACGGAACAUUGUACAAAAAAAUUGAAGUAAUUCCUGUGUAUCUUGUAACAUUCACUUGGUGUGUUUUUGUUUGUCACUAUGUGCAGUUUUACUGUAAAUUUGUGGGUAUUAUGUGUAUUUUGUGGGCAAUUAGUUAGUACAAAAUUUGUUAAGAACUGUAUUAUUUAAAGACAAAAUAUUUAAUUGUAUCGUUAGUCCGAAGUUGGGUAUAUAUUGUCAUUGCUGACAUUGCUAUAAAAUUUAAUAUUUUUCGUCGUUAUAUAUUUAUUACAAUGUUUGUAUGUCAUUCCUGCAUAUACAAAAUGUAAAACUCUGUCCGAAAUUACAUCUUUUUCCGACGUAAGUGUGUUUAUUUGGAACAAAAACAUAUACAUAUGUGUAAGUGGAAGACUGAAAAUUAAAUCGACUUAAUUUAGUGAAAA